AUGCUUGGUGUGGGCCAGAUACCGUUGCCAUUACCAAACAUCGAUGAAAAACUCAAAGCUGAUGCCGUGUUUGUCCCAAAUUCCCCUUUCAACAUCAUUCCACCGCAACUUCUAUACAAAGAGCUUGAAGCUGCCGGUUACAAUCCAAAAUGGCCGACUCACAACGACAAAGAAUACAUUUUUGAGUAUACUCGUCCGGGCGAAACUCAAGCAACUGAGUUUGUUGUGCCAAUAAAUGACAGGGACCUAUUCACAUUCCGAUCGGAAACAGGAUACGAAGACUUUUACAUGUCUACCACUUCGUGUGACUGCGACCGUCAUCAUUGGGAAGCGUAUGCUGGAAGCACUUAUUUUAAAUCAAAAGCUACUGUUGUUUCCCAAGACACUUCCGUUUCUGAGGGAGUGCCUGAUGCACCAAGUCAUAUCUCUGUUUCGACUGAGCCAAAUGCAGUCUCGAUUGAAACAAAUACCAAGGGAGCCCGAUACAAGAAGUUUGACAUCUCAGCUUCUGAGGGAGCCCAAUCUAACCCUUUAACUUCUUCACCUAUUUCACAAUCUGAACCUCGAGCAAUUACUUUUGACGAACCGCACGUUUCCGAAGGAGCGCAAACAUAUGAUCCAGAGGUUGAAAUCGUACGACGAAAACAACACCGAUUGUUCAUAUUGCAUGAAAAAUACGGACACCUUGGUUUUGCCAAACUCAAUCUCAUGGCUAGAGCUGGUUUAAUACCUCGAGAAUUAGCGAAUGUUGACGCUCCGACAUGCCCCGGAUGCGCUUAUGGAAAAGCUCAUCGCAAACCAUGGCGAUACAAAGGAACCAACAAACGGCAAAUCAAACCUGCAACUCAUCCAGGACAGGUCAUCAGUGUUGACCAACUUGCAAACCCGACACCAGGAUUUGUUCCAACUCAUCGAGGAACUCCUACUACUAUGAGACACACUGGGGCGACAGUUUUUGUCGACCACUUCAGUGAUUUCACCUACAUCCACCUUAUGACGGAAAUGAAUGCGGAAACUACGGUAUUAGCAAAACUAGCGUUCAAACGUGAAUGUGCAACACAUGGAGUUCCUGUAAGACACUAUCAUGCAGACAACGGUUUGUUUGAUACUAAACUAUUUCGAACUUCAGUUGAAAAGGCUGGGGAAGGCUUAACUUUCUGCAGAGUGAAUGCUCACCAUCAAAAUGGAAAGGCUGAAAGGAGAAUCAAAGAUGUAACUGAGGGAGCUCGAACUGCCUUGAUUCAUGCUGCUCACCGAUGGCCUGAUGCAAUUCACGUCUCACUUUGGCCUGCCGCUCUGAAACAUUACGUCAAUCUCAAAAAUGCAUUACAUACCAAAUUUUCAUCCGAGAUCAAAGUGAAUGGUCGGAAGCAACUGGCCAAGUACGAGGAAUCUCCAAUCUCGAAGAUGUCCCAAGUGGAAGUCCAACCAAACCUGGAACACUUCCAUCCCUUUGGAUCUCCUGUUUAUCGUAAAGCUCAAUUGCAUCUCGAUGAACAAAAGAAACCAAAAACUCUUCUUUCUACCACCAACUUGUUCGCACGCAAUCCAGGAGAGAAAGAAGUCCCACUUCCAAUUGUGCCUCAAUUCAUCACGCAAUGGGACGAUGGCCCUUCAUUGGGAGAUUUGACCGAUGAUUUGGAUUCUAACCUUGAUCUCUCGUCUGUGGCACCAACCGUGCCACCACCAGCACCUCCAGAUGAAAACGUUGACGACGAUAUUCAAAUUGAUGAUGUCCAAAUUGACGAUGUUCAAAUCGAAGAACCCUUUGUACACACGCGUUCAGGACGACGUGUCAAACCAAAUACCCGAUACUUCAAUGAUAAAAUGGUUCACGUACAUUCGGCAUUUCUUGAGACUUAUUCUCCCACGUGCGAUGAUGACAUCAGAAAUUGUCAACUACUGCAAGCAGAUCACUCCGAAGAACCGCAUUCUUUUGCCUCCAUUUAUGGAUUGGCAGGAUCCACUGAUCCAUAUACAAUGACUUUCUCAGAAGCAAUGCGCGCCCAUGAUAAGAACGAAUUUGUCAAGGCCAUGUAUAAAGAGCUGGGUGAUCAUAUCAGAAGGAAACAUUGGAUAGUUGUCCCAAUCGGGAGCAUUCCAACCCACAAACGAGCCAUUCCCAUGGUGUGGGCUAUGAAGCAAAAGAAGAACCCUUUAGGGGAAAUCAUCAAGUGGAAAGCUAGAUUAUGCGCUGGCGGUCACAUGUCCAUUGAGAAUGUUGACUACUGGAACACAUAUGCACCAGUUGUAUCUUGGAGCACUGUUCGUCUUAUGGUGAUAUUCGCUCUGAUCAACGAUUGGCAUAUGGAAUCCAUCGACUUUGUAUUGGCAUAUCCACAGGCUCCCAUCCGAACUGACAUUUUUAUGAAACCUCCACGAGUACCUCCGAAUUUCACAAUUCCUGAUUUACCAAAAACUACAGAUCGAUCCAUCAACGUUUACAAAUUGUUACAGAACCUUUAUGGCUUGAAAGAUGCUGGACGCACAUGGUCACAAUUUCUUCACAAGGGAUUGAUUGAUCAAGGAUGGAAACAAUCAAGUAUUGAUUCUUGCUUGUACACCAAACAAAACAUUAUUUUGGUACUUUAUGUGGAUGAUGCGUGUUUACUCUCACCAGACAAAAAUCUUAUCAACAGAGAAAUUAAAUCCCUUCAAGAACAGUACAACCUCACCGACGAUGGAGAACUACAGGAUUACCUUGGUACCAGAUUCACGAAAUUACCAGAUGGUUCCAUAUUAUUGGAACAACCACGAAUGAUCAACCAAAUUUUGGAAAUGGUUGGAUUGGAUGCUUCCGAUUCCAGCCGAGUCAAGACACAUGAUUGCCCUGCCUCGAGUACCAACAUCCUUGAUAAAGAUCCUGAUGGAAAACCUCACGGAUAUGAUUGGAACUACAGAUCAGUUGUUGGAAGUCUCAGUUAUGUACAGGCAAUGAUACAUCCAGAUAUCACAAUGGCCGUACAACAAUGUGCAAGAUUCUGCAAUGAUCCCAAAGAAUCGCAUGCCAUGGCCGUUAAACGCAUUUGCAGAUAUUUAUACAAAACCCGCCACAUGGGAUCACACUUCAAACCGGAUAAGACAAAAGGACUGGAAUGUUAUGUUGACGCCAAUUGGGCAGUAUCUUGGCGAGAUCGAACAUCUACUGAUCCGCUGUCUUCACAAUCACGAACUGGAUAUAUUAUCACCUAUGCUGGUUGUCCAAUUGUCUGGGCAUCCAAGUUGCAAACUCUUGUUGCACUGUCCACAACUGAAGCGGAAUACAUUGCGCUAUCAUCAACACUUCCACUUUGCUAUAAUCAGGAUGUGCUCAAGUAUGAUUGUACCAUCGUUGCAAUUCGAAAUUGGGCGAAUCGUCAUACAAAUAAACAUUGGAAAACCCCAGCCAAAUGA